CUCUUCCUUCCAUCAGAUUCAAAAUCAACCAAAAAAAAAAUCUUCACUUUCACGUUAUUUGCAUAUUCUUCUGUUGUAUUAGGUUUUAAAUAUGAAGGGAGACAGAGAAGAAUCUGAGUCCGCCAUAGAUAUGGCCAAUUGCUUGAUGCUGAUCUCUAAAGUUGGCCAAACUGAUGAACCCUCUGGUCGUUUAUUCGCAUGCAAGACGUGUAACCGGAGAUUCACAUCGUUUCAAGCAUUGGGUGGCCACCGUGCAAGCCAUAAGAAACCAAAACUCAUCGGAGAUUAUUUGCUCAAGCUACCCAGUUCGCCGCCGAAACCCAAAACCCACGAGUGCUCUAUCUGCGGCCUUGAGUUCCCUAUUGGACAAGCUCUCGGAGGUCACAUGAGAAGACACAGAGGAAAUGUUAAGAAUAUGAGUGAUAGGUUAGUGACUCGGCCUCUGUUGCCGGUGCCGGUUACGAUGAAGAAAUCGACAAGUAAGAGAGUAUUGUGCUUGGAUUUGAACUUGACGCCGGUGGAGAAUGACUUGAUGUUGCAGUUGGGGAAGAUGGUGAAGUCUCCUGUUUUGAAUUGUUAUGUUUAAUUAAUUACAACUUUGGACGUAGAAUUUUUUCUAUCUUUCAAUUUGAGAGUUAGAUUUUUGUGUACAGAUCGAUUCAUUCAUUUUUCUACAACGAGUCCUAGAAUUUUUUACAAUUGAUUUGAAUUUGAAAGUAAAUAUUUUAUGGCAAGACGGCU